AUGAUUAUAGAAGAGACAGAACGGGAAAAGAACGAAACAGAGCGGCAAAUAGACAGUGAGAAUGGGAGUAGAGUGGAAAAGGAGGGGUGCGUAAAAAUAAAAGAGGGUGAUAAAGAAGGGUGUUCUGAGAGCGUAGAGGAGGGCCAUGGCGAGAAGAGCAAGGAUCAUAACAAUGGAGAGUGUGUAAAAGAGGAAAACGGUGAAAAGAGUGGCAAAAUGAAUGGCGAAGUACAGGGGGGUGCUAAACAGGUAAAUGUACAGAUUAAACCCGAGAGUGCGAGUACAUCUUCAAUAUUUGACAGACCUGCUCAGCCCGUGCACAAGGGAAGCGAAUUUCUAAAGGAGCGGAGCGAUGCACUGUUUAUUGAAAAGGAAGGAUCUGACGUGUUGAACAAAACGGGAAGUACGGCAGAUACAGAAGAGGAUGGCAAGAUAGUUAUUUUCAAGGCGUCUUGUCAGUUGUUCAUGUUCUCAGAGAAGACGGGAGCGAUAGAGCAGAGGGGUGAGGGACCCAUUUACAUAAAAAAGGUUGAGAAGCGCAAUUUGUUCAAGCUGGCAAUGGUAAGGGAGAAGAUUUACAAACUGGGCUGCAACCAUUUCAUAUUUCCGAUCGGUAAGCUGCACAGGCAUAAGACGAGUGCUAACACGUUUAUAUGGCUUACCAAGAGCGAUAAGUGCGAUGAUGAUGCAAAGAGCGAGGAGAGAACGUUUGUUGUUAAGUUUGGGAAUGGAGAAGAGGCGGUACGGUUUGAGGAUAGGUAUGAAUAUGCGAUGGAUGAGAAUGUUAAAAUGUUGAAGAGUAUGAAGAAGUAAGCGGUACGUUU